CCUCCUCUGCAGAGCUCCCCACCUCGUAAGAGCCGCGCGGGCCGCCCCCGGCUCCAUUUUCUCGCGGCGGCCACACCUGGAGCCGCGCCUUUGGGUUGGGCAGGGCCGGGCCGCGCGGCCGCCGCGGGGAAACGGCCCUCGGGGCGGGGAGGGAAAGAGGGGGAAGCCGGGCGGCCGGGGCGGGCUGGGCCGAGGCCGGGCGGAGCCGAGUGCGCGCUCGGGGCCGGCGGCGGCGGGAGGCGGAGGCGAGGGCGCGAUGGCGCGGAGCCCGGGAGGCCGGUGUGUCCUGCUGCUUCUCCUGAUCUGCUUUAACAUUGGAAGUGGACUUCACUUACAGGUCUUAAACACAAGAAAUGGAAAUAAUCUGCUUCCUAAACAUCCUCAUUUAGUGCGACAAAAGCGUGCCUGGAUCACCGCCCCCGUGGCUCUUCGGGAGGGAGAGGACCUGUCCAAAAAGAAUCCAAUUGCCAAGAUACACUCUGAUCUUGCAGAAGAAGGAGGACUAAAAAUUACCUACAAAUACACCGGAAAAGGGAUUACAGAGCCACCUUUUGGUAUAUUUGUCUUUAAUAAAGACACUGGAGAGCUGAAUGUUACCAGCAUUCUUGAUCGAGAAGAAACACCAUUUUUUCUGCUAACAGGUUACGCUUUAAAUGAAAGAGGAGUCAAUAUAGAGAAACCCUUAGAGCUACGCAUUAAGGUUCUUGAUGUCAAUGACAACGAACCAGUGUUCACACAGGAUGUCUUCUUUGGGUCUGUUGAAGAGUUAAGUGUGGCAAACACACUUGUGAUGAAAAUCAACGCAACAGAUGCAGAUGAGCCCAAUACCCUGAAUUCUAAAAUUUCCUAUAGAAUUGUAUCUGUGGAGCCUGCUUAUCCUCCAGUGUUCCACCUAAAUAAAGAUACAGGAGAGAUUUAUACGACCAGUGUUACCUUGGACAGAGAGGAACACAGCAGCUACACCUUGACAGUAGAAGCAAGAGAUGGCAACGGACAAGUCACAGACAAACCUGUGAAACAAGCUCAAGUUCAGAUUCGUAUUUUGGAUGUCAAUGACAAUAUACCUGUAGUGGAAAAUAAGAUGCUUGAAGGGAUGGUUGAAGAAAAUCAAGUCAAUGUAGAAGUUAUACGCAUAAAAGUGUUUGAUGCAGAUGAAAUAGGUUCUGACAAUUGGUUAGCAAAUUUUACAUUUGCAUCAGGAAAUGAAGGAGGUUAUUUCCACAUAGAAACAGAUGCUCAAACUAAUGAAGGAAUUGUGACCCUUAUUAAGGAAGUAGAUUAUGAAGAAAUCAAGAAUCUUGACUUCAGUAUUAUUGUCACUAAUAAAGCAGCUUUUCACAAGUCAAUUAGGAGUAAAUACAAGCCUACAUCCAUUCCCAUCAAGGUCAAAGUGAAAAAUGUGAAAGAAGGCAUUCAUUUUAAAAGCGACGUCAUCACAAUUUACGUUAGUGAGAGCAUGGAAAGGUCAAGCAAAGGCCAAAUAAUUGGAAAAUUUCAAGCUUUUGAUGAGGACACUGGACUACAAGCCAGUGCAAGAUAUGUAAAAUUGGAAGAUAGAGAUAAUUGGAUUUCUCUGGAUUCUGUAACAUCUGAAAUUAAACUUGCAAAAAUUCCUGAUUUUGAAUCUAGAUAUGUCCAAAAUGGCACAUACACUAUAAAGAUUUUGGCUAUAUCAGAAGAUGAUCUUAGAAAAACCGUCACUGGCACCAUCCGUAUCGCCGUUGAAGACACCAACGACAACUGUCCCACACUGACAGAACCCGUGCAGACAGUGUGUAAUGACGCACAGUAUGUGAACGUCACUGCAGAGGACCUGGAUGGAUACCCAAACAGUGGCCCUUUCCGGUUCUCUGUCAUUGACAAACCACCUGGAAUGGCAGAAAAAUGGAAAAUAGUACGCCAAGAAAGGACCAGUGUGCUGCUGCAUCAAAGCGAGAAAAAGCUUGGGAGAAGUGAAAUUCAGUUCCUGAUUUCAGACAAUCAGGGUUUCAGUUGCCCUGAAAAGCAGAUCCUUACACUUACGGUUUGUGAGUGUCUUCAUGGCAGCGGCUGCGUGGGAGCGCACCGUGACUCCUACGUGGGCCUGGGACCCGCAGCAAUUGCGCUCAUGAUUUUGGCCUUUCUGCUCCUGCUGCUGGUACCACUUUUACUGCUGAUGUGCCAUUGCGGAAAGGGCGCCAAAGGCUUUACCCCCAUACCUGGCACCAUAGAGAUGCUGCAUCCUUGGAAUAAUGAAGGAGCGCCACCUGAAGACAAGGUGGUGCCAUCGUUUCUGCCAGUGGAUCAAAGGGACAGUCUAGCAGGAAGAAAUGGAGUAGGAGGUAUGGCCAAGGAAGCUACCAUGAAAGAAAGUAGCUCUGGUUCCUUUGCCAAAGGGCAGCGUGAAAUGUCUGAGCUGGAUGGAAGGUGGGACGAACACAGAAGCCUGCUUUCUGCUAGAGCUACCCAGGUUACAGGGGCCACAGGGGCUAUCAUAAGCAAGGAAACCAUGAAGAACACAAGAGCCACAGGAGCUUCCAGAGAUGUGGCUGGAGCUCAGACAGCUGCUGUUGCACUGAACGAAGAAUUCUUAAGAAAUUAUUUCACUGAUAAAGCGGCCUCUUACACUGAGGAAGAUGAAAAUCACAUAGCCAAAGAUUGCCUUCUGGUUUAUUCUCAGGAAGAAACCGAAUCUCUGAAUGCUUCUAUUGGCUGUUGCAGUUUUAUUGAAGGAGAGCAAGAUGACCGCUUCUUAGAUGACUUGGGACUUAAAUUCAAGACGCUAGCUGAAGUUUGCCUGGGUCAAAAAAUAGAUAUAGAUAUGGAAAUUGAGCAGAGGCAAAAACGUGCCACAGAAACAAGUAUGAACACAGCUUCACGUUCACUCUAUGAGCAAACCAUGGUUAAUUCAGAGAAUACCUCCUCUGGCAGUAGCUUCCCGGUUCCAAAAUCUUUACAAGAAGCAAAUGCAGAGAAAGUAACUCAGGAAAUAGUCACUGAAAGAUCCGUGUCUUCUAGGCAGGCUCAAAAGGUAGCUACACCUCUUCCUGACCCAGUGGCUUCUGGUAAUAUGAUGGCCACAGAAGCUUCCUAUGCCACAGGUUCCACUAAGCCACCAAGCACUGUGAUCCUGGGUCCUAGACAGCCACAGAGCCUUAUUGUGACAGAAAGGGUGUAUGCUCCAGCUUCUACCUGGGUAGAUCAGCCUUAUGCUAAUGAAGGUACAGUUGUGGUCACUGAAAGAGUAAUACAGCCUCACGGGGGUGGACCGAAUCCUCUGGAAGGCACCCAGCAUCUGCAAGAUGCACAUUACGUCAUGGUGAGGGAAAGAGAGAGCUUCCUUGCCCCCAGCUCAGGUGUGCAGCCCACUCUGGCCAUGCCUAAUUUAGCAGUGGGACAGAAUGUGACAGUGACAGAAAGAGUCCUAGCACCUGCUUCCACUCUGCAAUCCAGUUAUCUGAUUCCCACUGAAAACUCUCUGAAGGUUAGGAACACCAUGGUGUCUGGAGCUGCAGUCCCUGGCCCCCUGCCAGAUUUUGGUUUAGAGGAAUCUGGUCAUUCUAAUUCUACCAUAACCACAUCUUCCACCAGAGUCACCAAACAUAGCACUGUACAGCAUUCUUACUCCUAAACAGCAGACAGCCACAAACUGACCCAGAGUUUAAUUAGCAGUGACUAAUUUCAUGUUUCCAAUAUACCUGAUUUUUCAUGAGCUUUACAGACUCAGAGACACAUACACAUUGAGCUUUAGAUUUUUCUUAGUUGCUGAGAUACAAAGGGCCACACUGCCUCUGCUUCCAGGAGUGUAUUUUAGAAAUGCCCUAUGAUUUACUGAGGACAUAGAGAUGAUGCUGCUUCUUAGGUGCCUUUAGUGAGCUAUGCAGACAAUCCUGACAAAGCAAUACAGUCAAUCUGGCUUCUGAGAACUUACCAAAUUAACAGAGUAUGCAGUUCAUCCUCCGACCAGUAAAGCAACCCAGGAAAUUGAAUGGGUCUCUUUGCCUACCAUAUUAACAGUUAACAUUGAUGUUCCAUAUUCUGUACUUUAUUGCAUGUAGCAGAUUUUCAACACCUCAUUGAUCCAAAGAUAUAUGCACGAUCUGGGCACCAGUUUUGAUUUUCCUUAAGACUUGAACCCUUUUCAUCAGGCGUCCCCAAACUUUUUACACAGGGGGCCAGUUCACUGUCCCUC